UUAGAAAAAAAUUUAUAGGUAAAAUGACUAAAAUGUCCUUAUUAAAACUAAACAAUUACAACAAUACCUAAACUAAGUUCAGUUUUCUCUUUCUUCUUCUCUCUUCCAUCCAGCCUUCCUCUCUCCCUCUUGCUUAACAGCCUUCCUCUCGCCCUCUUCCAUAAUCAGAUUCACAAAUCAAUCACGACAAACGCGCGGCCGCCUCUGCCAGAUCGCUCCUCUGCUCCUCUGCCAAAUCACGAAUAUCGCUCCUCUGCUCGCUGCGGGCCUGCGGCCGCCUCUGCCUGACUGCCUCCUUGGCCGUUCGUCGCUCUCGGCUCUCUGUUCGCCGCAACUCUCCAGAUCGCGUUGCUGCUUUGUUCAAAAGCGUCAUGAUGAGAUACAAGCUCCUCAAUUAGAGGAAAUUGCACAUUUGCUAGAAGUUGAUGAGAUUGUAACUGAUAAAGCUUUUCAGUCAAGCUCCGCCAAUAUCAUACCCUCUUUUUCAUUGAAACACUCUACAAAGUUUUGUUCCUUAGAAGAUUCAACUAUGUCAUCUCAACAAUUUGAUCAUGGUGUCCACUUUUUCAAGGUUAUUCUUCAAAAAAGCAUUCAAGAAGGAAAACUGAAAGUGCCACAAAGUUUUGUGAGGAAGCAUUGGCAAGGAAUAACAAAUCCUAUUACUCUAAGGCUUCCAAAUAUGACUCAAUGGGAAGUUUUAUGGGAGAAAACUUGUGAUUAUGAUGUUUGUUUUUGCAAUGGUUGGAAAGAAUUUGCAAAUUAUUUAUCUUUGAGUGAUUCACAAUUUGUUGUGUUUAAAUACGAAGAAAAUUCACACUUUAAUGUGAUUGUAUUUGAUAAAUGCGGCUUAGAAAUAACAUAUCCUUUAAGAGAAACAAGUGAAAAAUGUGAAGAUGUUGAUAAAAGUAAUUAUUCUCUGAAAAUAAUUGAGGAUCCUUCAUCGUCGCGGCGUAAAAGACCAAAAUCUCCACCAUCAUCUUCUAAAGUUUAUAAGAAGGUGAAAAUAAUCUCAAAAGAACGAAAGGAAUGUAAGCAUGAGAAGAGCAAAGUCCUAGCACAUGCAAGAUUUUAUAGUUCUAAGCAUAUGGACAAUGUGGCAGGAAGUAGCUGCGGUAAUAUUCUUAAGAGAAGUAGAGUUUUGCAUGAGAAAGUGAAGAAUGAAUUCAAUUGUGAGAAGGACUUCUUUAUAUCUGUGAUCCACAAGACAUACAUUCAGAGAGAUCUCUUGGUCAUACCAAGAGAUUUUUCAAAAAUACAUCUACACAGAAUGGAAGGAAGAAAUGCUACAAUUUUUGUUGACCAAGACAGAACAUGGAAUGUUGACUUGAAGCUCACUAGAAAUGAUCAAUUUACACUUAGUGGUGGUUGGAAUAAAUUCCGUCAUCACAAUAAUGUGAAAUAUGGUGACGUUUGUGUUUUCAUUCUAAACAAAAUCAAAGGAACAGUUUCAUUUCAAGUUGUUAUUUUCUCUCUAGAAAAGGAAAUCACCGCUCCCUAUUUUGAAUGAAGGGUAUACAAAUAAACUACAUUAGAAGGUUGGCUUGAAUUUGUGAAAGGUUGUGACUAGAAAGAGGGUGAUACUUCUCUAUUCUCUAUUGGAAAUAGUCGAUGAACAAAACCUUGUAUUUGAUAGACUUCUGAUUAGAUCACUUAAUACCACCCUUAUGUCUUCUGACUAGGCACUAUCAUAUUGUUGUACAUGCUAGUUCAUAAAUAGUUUGUUCUAUUUUUUCUUCUUAA